AUGGAACUCGACGAGUUGCGCAAGAUGAAGGACACCGUGGAGGGGCGCGGCGCGAGACGUCGAGCAAUCCACCACACUUCGGCUGCCAACUUCGAGAAGGACUGGAAACGAGUCCACGGCAUCGCUCAACGGCACGUCUUCCUCGUACGACUCCUCUUCCUACGGCUCCGACAGCGAUACGUACAGCGCCGUGGCGCCGGCCUACGCCACCCGGCAAAAACUGGCGCCUCAAGCGUGCCGCCGUGCCCCAGUGGUACAAGGCCCGCGCCCGGUGUGCGCACCAAGCGCAGUCGGCGCGGCGCGCGUGUGGCGCGCUUUCGCCCCCAGAAGUCCCGCUGA